AGCGCGCAGACGAUAGUGCUAUCGAUUGUUUUGCAGCACUAAUAAAUUCCAUUUCCAAGCUAAAAAAUAGGAAAAAAUAUAAAAUAUCUUUGAUCGUAGCCAGCAAGUGGAAAACGUACACAAAAAUCAUGUGCCACCGGUGCCAGCGUUCGAAGACGCGGGUUUAACUGAGUUGGUGCACCCAAAUCCAGUACAAUCGCCAGGCAGCACAUCCCAUCGAAAUCCGAGACUUCCGAGUGGGCCAAAGAAACCGCAGAGGGACCCGCCUCCAUUUGUUUGCAUCACGGCACGGCGGGAUCAGGGGAUUCCCCGUCCGGCUGAGAUGGCCAUGCACUCGUACAUGCGCCAGGGAUCGGGAUCCGGAGGAGCAGGAGCCGUAGCAGCUGGAGCACCGCCGCUGGCCAGUCCCGACGAGAUGCACGGCUUUCUGAAGGACAAGCAGGCGUGGGAGCACGCCAUCUCCCUGUACCAGGGCCAGGAUCCCCUCGAUCAUUGGUACAACUACAUCUGCUGGUACGAGAAUCAUGCGCACAGCGAUCCGGAGCUAAAGUUCCGAGAAACACUGGAACGGUGUCUGACGGUCUACGAGCACAAUGACUUCUAUCGCCAGGAUCCCCGUUUGGUGCGGCUGUGGCUGAAGUACAUAGCCAUGCAGACGGAUCCGCUGCACUUCUACCAGGUGCUCUUCCAGCGUGGAACCGGUCGUCAGGUGGCCGCCUUCUACAUUGGCUGGGCUGCCUACUACGAAUCGCGCGAGGAGUUCAAGGAUGCGGAGGCGGUCUUCAACUUGGCCUUCCAGGAGAAGGCGCAGAGCAAUUCGGAGCUGCAGCACGCUCACACCAAGUUCACCUAUGCCAGGUCCCUGUUCCACCAGCGACAACAGCAGCAGCAACAACAGCAGCAACAGCAACAACAACAGCAGCAGCAGCAGCAGCAACAACAGCAGCAGCAACAACAGCAGCAGCAACUACAGCAGCAGCAGCAACAACAGCAGCAUACCCAGCCGGAUCCGCUGCAGCAACUAACCAACUACACGCAGCAGCAGUUGCCGCAGAGCUACCCACAACACCGUCCCCAGCCAUAUCAGCAGAAUGUCUAUCAGCAAUAUCAUCCGCAGGCGCAGCAACAUCAAGCCACACAGCAACAUCCGGCGGCGCCACAGCAACAACAGCCGCCAGAACAACAGUUGGCCUAUCAACCACACUACCAACAGCAGCCACGCUAUGAGCCACAUCCGGCGACUCAGCCGGCAGCCCACGUCCAGCACCAACCGCAAUAUGCUCCUGUGGCAGAGCCCCACUAUGCACCAGCCCAGCAGCAACAGUUACCGCCACCACAGCCUGCAGCACCGCAGCAAAAUCCGCCGCAACACCAGCAGCAACAAAAUGGCAAUGGCAAUCCUUCUCCUCAACAAAAUCCACCGGCGACAAGCGAAGUAGCUGGCCUGCGUUUGCCGCGCAAUUUCCACGCGUACGGGCGCAACAACCAUGAGACCUGGAAGCCAGCUUUGACCCUUGAAGAGCCAGAUGAUCCCUCCAGGGUCUGUCACUACGCCAAGCAGUUGGUUUAUCCUCCGGGAGCAGGCAUCGAGUACAGUCCCGAAGAGAUACUAGCCCGCAAGUUCAAGCAGCUGAUGGAGCAGAAGGCCAAGCCAGCGGAGCCGACUGAACAGCAACAGCAAACUCUUUAUGAUUCCUACGAGUCGCAGACAUCAUACUACAUGACUGCUGUGGAUGGAGCUCUUUACGGGCAGAACAACAGCAGUGGACAGGAGAAUACGGGCGAGGAGGAUGAGGAUAACGAGGCGGAGGAAGGUGAGGAGGAGGAUGAAGAAGGCGCAGGAGAUAAUGAGGAAGACGACUCCGAUGAGGAGGACGAAGACGAGGAGGAGGAGGAGCCCAGCGAACCCUACACCAAUGGCGUGCAGUUCAGUGCGCAAACCACUUUCGAGCAGGAGAACCGCUCAAUAAAGAUCAAGUUCAAGAAGGAGCCCAGCAGCACCUACAGUGCCUAUACCAUAGAGAACGUCUACCAGCAGCAACAACAGCAUCAACAGCAGCAGCAUCAGCAACAUCAGAUAAUCCAGCAGCAGCCACCGCAAGCAGUUCAUCAUCCUCCGCCGCCAGAGCCUGCGCCCGCUUCUCCGAUUCCCAUCCAGCGUCAGCGCAACGGUGGGCACCACCACUUCCAUCCCUACAUGCUGGGCCAGACCUCGACGCCCAAGAGCGAGGUUAAUGGCUAUCGAAGGGCUCGCACCAAAGUCAAGCGCAGCAAGUUCCAGCCGGAUCUCUGCAGCAACAGCAACUCGGCCUCGUCGGCGGCGGAUGUGGCGACGGCCAGCUCGAGUAGUGUGGCUGCAGGGGCGCCGGGAGCAUUCAACGAUAAUGCAAACUUCUCGUUCUCCAGCGCCACCGCUCUGGAUAAUUCAAAUAGCUCGCUCGCUUUGGCCGUCGAUAGACUCAACUUCCGUGACUCAUCGCAGCAACAAAUCCUCCAUCCGGUCAAUAAGACCAUACAAACGCACAACAACAACAAUAACACCAGCAACAAUAACAAUGGCAAUACCACCACACUGGCCGAUUUCUCCACAUUCCAGGAGAACUCGUACUUUGCCACCCAGCACGAUACGGAGGCUCAGGAACGGCGGCUAUCGAAGGCCGUGGAAACGAUUGCGCGACAUUUGGCCAAGGAGGCCAUCGAUCCCUUCAACAGCGAACUAUGCCGCGCCUUCCUCGCCAAGCUGGACUUUCCGGGCGAUCACGAUGCCCAUGCCAGCUACAAGAUUGUGCAAACGGCACUGCCAAAAAUAUCCAACACGCGCACGCUGAACGUCCUCGAAGGCGUCACCUUCAACAUUGACAAGGAGGUGGGUCGCGGGUCAUACGGCUCGGUUUACAAGGCUACUGACUCGCGCACCGGCAAUGUGGUGGCGCUCAAGUAUCAGAAGCCCCCAAACACCUGGGAGAUCUACAUAUGUGAUCAGGUGCUUAAACGCAUCAGGGAGCCGGAGGUGUUGCCCGGCCUGAUGGACAUUUCCACGGCGAUUAUCGCCCCAAAUGCUAGCCUAAUAGCCACCGAGUUCUCGCCGUUUGGAUCGCUGCUGGACAUCAACAACAAGAUCCGGCAGGCCACCACCAAGGUGAUGCACGAGUCGCUCGUGAUGCAUUUCUCGGCGCAGAUCUGCAACAUCGUGGACCACCUGCACCGCCAGCACAUCAUUCAUGCGGACAUCAAGCCGGACAACUUCCUGCUGAUGCGGGUGCCCAAUGUGGACAGUGUACUGCCUUCGCUGCGACUGAUUGACUUCGGAUGCGCCAUCGAUAUGACCCUGUUUCCGGAUGCGGAGCGCACCAAGUUCCGCAAAGUGGUGCAAACGGACGGCUUCACUUGCAUUGAGAUGCAGGAGGGACGCAGUUGGUCCUACGAAACAGAUCUCUUUUGCAUCGCGGCCACCGUUCAUGUAAUGCUCUUCGGCGACUACAUGCAGCCGCAGAAGAAGGGCUCCAGCUGGGAAAUCCGGCAGAAGCUGCCGCGCUACCUCAAAAAGCAUGUGUGGACCAAGUUCUUCGGCGAACUGCUCAACAUGGAAGCGGACAAGCUGCCCGCGCUGCAGGAGAUGCGACUGAUCUUCGAGGAGGAGGCGUACCGCAUGGACUCCGAGCUCCAGAAGCAGAUACGCGCCCUAUCCAACAUCCUGCAUCGACGAUAACCAACCUAUUCCUAUUACUUUUUAUUAAAAUUUGUGUAUACUCUGUUGUUGACCAAGUCACCCCGAUAGUUUGUUUGAACUUUCAAUCUAGUAUCAUUUCCAAUCUUUACAGAAAAGAAAAAACCAGACCAGGAAAAUGUCCUCCGACUUUGUGUUGAGUUCGUUUCCCCAUUUUGGCCAGAACGAAACUUUUUAGUUUAGGUUAAUUCUCUUACAAACAUACACCCUCUUGCUUAACUUAAAUAUUUAAUCUUUCUAUACUUUAUUUAUUGUUUCGAUGCCAAAAAAAAACAGGAAAGCGGAGGAAAAACAAGAGCAUAUAGUACGCUACAAAAUUCAAAAUCAUUGUAAAUAUUAGGCACAGACUCGAUCAAAACCAAAAUUGGCAAAUUGAGUUUGUGAAAAAACAAAAACACAAAAAAACCCUGGAUUUAAAAUGUAAUUUUUUUAUGUACAGCAAACAACAACAGUAUAUUGAAGGCAAUGUAAAAAGGAAACGUACAUAUGUUUAAGAUUAAACCAUGCUGUACUAUUGAGUAAUAUAUAAAGAUCUUUAAAUAAUAGUGAAUAAAUUGACGAAAUGUUAACGCAAAAA